AUGGUAAUAUUUCUUGCACACGUGACUUAUUUGCAUCCCCGAUGGCAAGCGAAUAAUACAUCUGUUUCCCAGAAACACAUCAAAGCUGAGGUCCGAGACUUACGAAUCUCCUGGAUCCUCAAUUUCAAUAUCGCCGGCAGCUUUAGUGAGACUGACACCGCAUCAAUUAAAAGUACGAGAGAAGAGCAGAAACUCAAUAUGGACAAUGGAUACCGAAUCUGA